AUGACAUACUAUUCGCCACCGCCAAAAAACUUUUCGCCAAAGCGUGAACUUCAAAAUGUCCCCUUUUCUAGAGUAUCCAAGACCAUCGUGAAAAGUAUGACAUCAAUUGAGAGUGACGAUGGUUGCUCCACUACACCCAUCCAAAUUCUUGAAGACAACCAAGAGGAUGAUGAAUCUAGUCGAGCAAAAAUUACCACUUCAUCGACAAUAAACUUCUCUGCUUCAGAAAGUAAAUCCGGUGAUAAUUCGACGAUUGAAUGGGGAAAAGGGUCGCGGUCUCUUGACUUAAAAAGAGAAAAAUCUCGUAGAUUGAAUGAAAAAUAUGCUCUCAUGCAGAAAAAAAUGACCGAAAUGGCUCAAGACAUGACAGUUUCACGACGCACCCCUAAAUUAAAUCGUGCAUUCGGAAAAUCAUCUCGUACCGCUGGUCCGUACGGCAUUAAAAAUGCGGGAAAGUAUAGUAAAAGAGCCUCUUUGGUAGAACAAGAUGAUUUCUCUGCAAGUGGCAGUAGCGUUAGUAACUUAUUUAAAGGUGGUAAUUCUUCAGGCUUUGGACCGUCAUUAGAACAACAGCAGCAACAAUGGCGAAAUAAGGAUUGUUCUUUUCAACACAAUUCAUUUGAGAGUGAUACGUUGGAUGGAACUAGUAAAUCAACAACAUCCACACCACACUCAAUUGGAUCUUCCAACAACACAACACCAUCUCAAUCCCAUGCUCAAACCUAUAGAUGGAUCUCUCAAUCAUCACCUACUACUACUACAAACUCAUUGUAUUCUACUCCGAAUAGACCUAAUCACCAACCUAUUAAUACACGUAAUCCAGCGAGACGUAUUUCCUCUGUAUGGCCACCGCCAUCGAUUCCGAAUAAUGAUCCUCCUUCGCCUUCUCCGAUCCCUAGGAUAUUUAAAGACGAUAACAAUAUGGAUAUUGAUCUAGAGACUAACUUAACUUUGUCUUCUACAUCAUCGUCGUCUUUGUCGUCGUCUCAUAAAAGAAACGGAAUCGAUGAGCAGUCUACAUCAACUUCGCCCGAAGAAAAUAUUUAUACGAGACAAUUGUUUCAUCAGAAAUUGGGAUUAGAAGAUGCUGCAAGACCACCUUUGUUGUCAAACAACAUUUCCCUCGGCUUGGAUGAUGAGGAUACUAACAAUAAUGACAAUAGAUCAGAUAUUUUCACAGAUUAA